UCUCCUCUGUGUCAACUCCACAGCAGCAGCAGCAGCAUCCACCAUGUUCUCCCAAAGCUCCACCAGGGUCGUCACGAGCUCCAGCGGCUCCAUGCUGGGCAGCAGCAUGGGACCAGGCCGGGCCAGCAGCAUACGAGCAGGCCGGGCCAGCAGCGUGUACGGCGGCGCUGGAAGAUCAGGGGUCCGCAUCUCCUCAUCCACCAUGGGUGGAGGAGGCUUCAACAUGGGUGGAGGAGGCUUCAACAUGGGUGGCAGCGGCGGCUACUCCUCCAUGAGCUACAGCGUGUCCGGCAGCGAAGACAGCGUGAUCGGCAACGAGAAGUUCGCCAUGCAGAACCUGAACGACCGUCUGGCCACCUACCUGGCCAAGGUGCGCUCGCUGGAGAAGGCCAACGCCGAGCUGGAGCUGAAGAUCAGGCAGUUUGUGGAGAGCAAGGUUGGACCAGCCACCCGCGACUACAGCGCCUUCUUCGUCACCAUCGGAGACCUCACUGCGAAGAUUCAGGCCGCCAUCAGGCUGAACGGCUCCGUCCAUCUGAGCAUCGACAACGCCCGCCUGGCUGCUGAUGACUUCAGAACCAAGUACGAGAACGAACUGGCCAUGCGUCAGUCGGUGGAGGCCGACAUCGCCGGGCUCAGGAGGGUUCUGGACGAACUCACACUGGCCAGAACCGACUUGGAGAUGCAGAUCGAAGGCCUGAAGGAGGAGCUGAUCUUCCUCAAGAAGAACCACGAGGAGGAGCUGCUGGCCAUGCGCUCCCAGAUGAGCGGCCAAGUCCAUGUGGAGGUGGACGCUGCUCCUCAGGAGGACCUCAGCAAGGUCAUGGCUGAGAUCAGAGAACACUACGAGACUGUUGCUGCCAAGAACCAGAAGGACCUGGAGUGCUGGUUCGAGUCAAAGAAAGAAGCUCUGAACAAAGAGGUGGUCACUCAGACCGUCACCCUACAGACAUCCCGCUCAGAGAUCACAGAGGUCAAACGUACACUACAGUCUCUGGAGAUUGAGCUACAGUCUUUGCUGGGUUUGAAAGCAUCGCUGGAGGGGACGCUGGCUGAGACACAAAGCCGCUACUCCAUGCAGCUGUCUGGGUACCAGAUGCAGGUGACGUCCUUGGAGGAGCAGCUGGUGCAGCUGAGGGCCGACCUGGAGAGGCAGGGACAGGAGUACAAAAUGCUGCUGGACAUCAAGACCAGGCUGGAGUUGGAGAUCGCCGAAUACAGGAGGCUGCUGGACGGAGAGAGCACCACCAGCAGUUCCGUGUCAAGCACUUCCUCGUCAAGCACCACCAGGCGGGUGGUGACAGUGGUGCAGGAGGUGGUUGAUGGGAAGGUGGUUUCCACUUCUUCCUCCUCCACUUCAGCCUCCUCCUCCUACCAGUGAAGCUAAGCAGCUGUAGAUGUUGACAGACAGUCAAAAUCUUUUCUCUGUUUUCUCAUGGUCAGAGAAUGUGACCUGACAAUAAAACGAGAGUCCAAAUAAAAA